AUGGAGAUGGGUCGGAGAUAUUCCAUCUGCACACUAAAGCGAUCUCGCGGAAAGAAUUGCCGGAUGCGCCCGAAGCGGCAAGUCGAACCCCGCCAGUGGCUCCACUGCAUCCCCGCAAUUUUGAGAUUUGGCGUCAAGAACCAUGUCUCGUGGCUUCAGGCUAAAGAUGCGGAAUUGUGGGGAGGGAAUGGCCCUCGUUCCCCGCAUCUUCCCCCGGGACACUCGCGCAGUAAUUCUCUCCGUCCAAUAUGUCUGCACCGAAACGAAGCCGACUUGCGACGGGAUGGCGACAUUCACUCGCAGGUUUGCCAACACUGUCGAAGUGUUGGUGUUCAAUGCGACCGCACAACAAUUCGAUUCCGCAGCGGGUUAGCAUUGCCCAAGAACCAGGAUGAUGCAUUUCCAGAUCAACAGAGCUGGCCACGACUCAAUGGAAAAGUCCGAUUCCACGAUGAGACUCCGGAAAUCGUCAAUCUAUACUUGACUACCUUGGAGGAUGACCACGACUACUGGAUUCAGAAUGCGGAGAAGAGUCCCAGUCCAGAGGAAAGAAACAGACACACGCCAGGCCCUUCUCCACGCACUCAGCAGCAACACGUUCAUCAUAUCUCCCCACAAAUACCACAAGAUCAUAUCGAUGUUUCGCCAUCCAGUGUAUCCAUCUAUUCCACAUCUACAUCACGAACUAGCUCAAAGCCGUUCCAGCCGUUCACUGAGAGAGAAGCCAUUCUGGUGCGGAAUUUUGUGGAAAAUAUGGCCCUCUGGGCCGAUAUCACUGAUCCAAACCGGCAUUUUGAGAUCGAUGUGCCCACUAGAGCCUUCAAUGAGCCUGUUCUACGCCAUGCAAUCUUUGCAUUUUCCUCUCGCCAUUUGAAUAGGAAGACCGAUGACGCAGCAGAAGCACUGCAAUAUCAUAAUCUUUGUGUGCAAAUUCUCAUUCCGGCGCUUUCUGAUCCUGAGCAACAUAUUACAGAAGAUAUCCUGGCCGCAGUGGCUAUUCUGCGGCAACAUGAAGAAAUGGAUGGGGAGGAUAAUCAGUUUCAUUUAACAGGAACAACACAUAUUCUAAACACCGUGUCCACAUUUGGCUCCUCGGGUGGUCUCGGUGAAGCAGCAGCUUGGCUGUGUUUGCGCCAAGAGAUUUAUGUAUCUUUGACCACUCAGCAACCCCUCCGAACCAAUUUGGAGAAUUUCUAUGACUCAGAUAUCUUCCAGCGAGAUGAUGACUUUGCAUGGUCUAGUAGGAUUGUGUUCUUACUCGCCAAAGUGCUUCAAAGCGCGUUAUCUGACUCUUCUAUGGUCGAUACCAUCAAUGACGAGGUGGAGGCAUGGUUCAAAUCGAAACCACUUACAUUUGAGCCAGUACGGCUUGUACCCCGUGGCCCAGAGAGUGAUCGACGAUUUCCAGCCAUUUGGAUGUUAUUACCUGUGCAUGUCAUUGGUCUACAAUACUAUCACAUUGCCAAGAUUAUACUAACACUUUCCGAAUGUCCGCCCUCAUCGUCCACAUACGACAGUUUGCGACAUUCCCGCGUUAUCGAAAGAACCGUUCGUCAUCAUCUGCUUACAAUCCUUGGCUUAGCACAGUCUAAUUCUCGGGCCGAAAACACACUUUUCACAGCACGCCACAGUUUGGUCGCUUGGGGCUGGGUACUUCGACAUCGCAGAGACCAGAAGGCUGCAGAGGCUCUUCUCCAUGAUAUGCACGCGAGGACAGGAUGGAAUAUGGAUGGCUUGGUUCAAUCACUACGACAACAAUGGCAGGAUGAAGAUGGUAUUUAUGAAGAGUGA